AUGGAUCGGCGGUCUGGUAAUCAAUCGGAAAAUGAUGGUAGAUCUGGAAUAGCUACUGACCAAGACGUGGGGUUGGAUGUGGAGGGACAGAAACAGGAAAAGAAUCAGGGAUCGGCGAUCUCUCAAAACAUGGAGAUUGGAACUCCAUCUGUAACUCAAUCGGAAAACGAUAGUAGAUCUGUGAUAGCUACUGAGGAAGCUGCGUCGUAUUCUAAAGAGGCGUCGAAGAAAGUUGUAAAUCGUCUUAAUUCUAGGUUUGAGGAAGUCAGGGCACAAUGGAAAAACAGAGAUGAUGGCUGUCCUCAAAUUCUAGUUGACCAAUGGUUGAGAGUUUUAAGGAAACUAAAAUCAUAUGAUCAAAAUAGGAAAUUGUUUCCAGUGGCGGAUAAUGUGACUACAUCAGAAGUCCUAACAGCACUAUUUGAAGUUUAUCUGGAAUUUAAAGAUGCGGUUGUGGGUACUGAUGGAUAUUAUGUUAGAAGAGAUGUGAAAAGACAACUAGACUUCAUAAUUGAGUUGAACGAAACAGAGCAGAGGAAGGUCAAAGAAGAAAAAGAAAGAUGGAGUUCCAAUCUCCAUGUUUUGAGAGAUCGCCGAUCCCUGAUUCUUUUCCUGUUUCUGUCCCUCCACAUCCAACCCCACGUCUUGGAAAUUGUUUCCACGGAUAAUGUGACUACAUCAGAAGUCCUAACAGCACUAUUUGAAGUUUAUCUGGAAUUUAAAGAUGCGGUUGUGGGUACUGAUGGAUAUUAUGUUAGAAGAGAUGUGAAAAGACAACUAGACUUCAUAAUUGAGUUGAACGAAACAGGGCAGAGGAAGGUCAAAGAAGAAAAAGAAAGGUUAGACAGGGAGAUCGAUAAACUUACAAAAUGGAUAAGCAAACAUGAACAGAAGAAAUUCACACCCCUGAAGCCGAAAUUGAAAUUGAAGACAAGAAGGAUGACGGGGAGGUUGGAGGAGGGAUGCGGAACUGAUGAGAGGAUGGUGGAUGAGGAAAAUAAAGCUGAGAGGAUGGUGGAUGAAGGUGAGAGGAUGGUGGAUGAGGAAAAUAAAGCUGAGAGGAUGGUGGAUGAGGAAAAUGAAGCUGUCAUGCUAAUAAACAGAAGAUUCAAAGAAUUAUGUGCUACUUGUGGUAAUGAUCCUGACCCUGCAUUUUUAAAUUUUCUGGUGAAAAAUUGGAUUGAAGUAAUUCGAAUAAUUGCAUUAGAGCAUAAGAAGAAGAACAAGGGAGUUUCAUUUGAGAAUAUCAUACCCACAGUUCUACCAGAGAAUAGUGAUGCUACCAUAAUUGUUGAGGUAGUGGAGCAAAGUAUUGCCCAAUGGAAAAGCAAACUACCAGAUGGUUUAGAAAUGGUCACACAAGACUCAGUGUCUAGAUAUAUACUAUUCUUGCGAAAAAUCAAGUUUUUGAUUCAAAGUCAGGAGAAACAGGUACACCAACCCUUGUUAGGGCAUGAGGAGAGCAUGUCUAUGUCCCUAGAUGUCGACAAGAAGCUUAAGAUCUCGAUAAUGAAUAGAAGAAAUGAAUUGGAGAAGUUGUGGAAGAGUCAGACAGAAUCAGGAGAAAGAGACCGGAGAAGCAUGUGUGAAUUGGAUACCAUGCUGUCCGAAUUCAAGGAGAAGGAAAAUACUAAGGAACCGGCUUCCUUUCUGAAAUUGAUAGGCAACAAAAUUUUUCGUUGGCAUAGCAACCAAAGUAACAAGCAUAUUAUAGAUGAACUGCUGAGACUUCAUCCAAUGUCGAACCCACAACUAUUGCCUGGGUUGCCAAAGGAAGGGCCAGUGCCCGGGUUGCCAAAGGAAGAGCCAGUGCCCGGGUUGCCAAAGGAAGAGCCACAACACCACACAGAGGAGAAGCAGCUUGAUCGGUUUGCUCAGCUUCCCGAGUAUGAUGAUAAAGUAAUCUUUAUCGGUAAACCGGGGACAGUGUUUGCCUGUCCUGGAAAUGUUGCAAAGAAAAGUAUAUUUGACGCAAUGGAAUGUUCCAGAUCACAACCUUUCAUACUUCCCCAUUUCGCUGACUUAAAUUUGGUUCAUCAUACUUUAAACCAAUGGGUCACAGAAAAGUCAAUUAUUUGGAAGAAAUCCAAGUCAGCACACAAAAAUGAGACAUUGCUAGAAAAGAAACAAAGUUGGUGGACGUUCCUCGAAAAAGAGUUUAAGGAACUCUUUAGAACUGUUGCGGGGGCAUUAGUAACGAUGUACUGUCACGAUACAUAUCACGGUGAUUUGGAUAAUAAUGUGAUGGUGUCCGAGCAAGGUGAUUUUCAACUGGUAAUUAUGCGUUUUGAAAAUGCUCCGAGUCACCCAGAAGGGAUAGCUAAGGAUAUAGUGAGUUUGAAAAAUAUGAUGAAAAAAAUUAUUGGCUUCCCUUUCGAGAUUACUGAGAUAACCGAUGAUUCUGAUUUCAAGGAUAUUUUACCCAAACCCUUGUUGAAAUAUAUGGAACUUUUGGAUCCGUCUAACAUAAAACGCGGAGAAAAUGGGUUGUUCCUGGUAGACCCCGCCUUCCUAUUGGAUUCGUCCUUUCUUUGGACCGCGUCAGAGAGAGUUCAAUUUAUAGAAGUGUUUUCUGAACUAGUUUCCAGCAAAACCAUAGAUGAUAGUUUUCAAGAUUUCUUUUAUAUGGGAAUGUGGCAUGAAAAUCUCCCUGGUGAUAGUCGAUUAGCUGAGGUUUUGGGACACAUGCGCGAGACUUAUGACUGGGUACAGAAGAAAAAGAGGCAGCAGCAAGAGAAGGGCCAAAAGGUUGCAAUCGGUUCAUCAAGUAAUAUUAAAAACCGAAGCAAAAACAAUAAGAUAUUAGGAGCUGAUAAUUCUAGUGUUGUUGGAGGCAAUAGUAAAGGUGGUGAGGGAAGUACCUCUAGUGUUGUUGGAGGCAAUAGUAAAGGUGGUGAGGGAAGUACCUCUAGUGUUGUUGGAGGCAGUAGUGAAGGUGGUGAGGGAAGUUUUGUGACUAGCUUGUCUGAGUAUUUGACGAUAUUUAGAUUCUUUGACAAUUAUUUGAAGCAUCGCAAUGACCCUUUCUGGGCCAAGGGACAGUACGGUAAAAUGUUGGAGGAAAAAAAGAUAGAGCCUGAACUUAGUAAGGUCUUUCCUGAAUUAUACGAGAGGUUAAGAGAAUCAAUUUGUAAGUGGCUCUUGCAUGCAGACUUUAAAAAUGACUCGAAGAGAAUUGCCAUUCAAAGGAGUUUGAGAAGAAACAUCCCAAGAAAGGACAUGAAGAAACUUCGCUGUCGAAGGGUAUCAAUCAACUUUCUAAUGAAGACGGUGGCUAGAAGACUAAGAGGAAUGCCGCUAAGCCAUCCACGGGGGGACAAUGAUUGAGGUGGCAAAACGAAAAUCUUCUUGGGAUUAACUCAGAGGGAAAGCAUGGUGCUGGAUCCAUCAAGAAGUCGGAAAUUUCUUGCACACAUUUUUUUGAUGGCAGAUGGAUUAAACUGUUAUCUGUUGGCUACAUCUCCUAUCAACUCAUGUUCACUUGGAGGAAAAGGAAAAAGGAUAAAAUUGGAUUGACGGUCAAACUUCAGGAUUGAGUAAAUAAUGUUAGGAUUUUGAACUGCUAAUAAUAGCUUGCUUAUGUUCGCGUAGUAUUACAUAGAUUAUGUACAUGCGUGGAAGGAGUGAUCUCUUUGUUUUCCUAUUAAGCAGUUUUUAGCGUCUUUUUAACUCCAUGCUUGUUACAUGAGAUCUUAUCUCGCCAGCUUAUUUUUACCUGCAUUAUAUUGUGUAACUAAAUUGGUUACCUAUACGCAUGGGUGAAGCUCGUGCCAGACCUAGCUUUCUCAUAUCAAGUCAAUUUCAUCUCAAGAAAGAAUCAAAUAUAGAAGGAAUUGAGGAUUGCUUCUCAUACACUCUCUCUAGCUUUGCGCGGAUUUAUGCUAAAACUGAUAUGCAAGCUUGGAAAUUGUAAUUAGGGUAUUGGUUGGUUAGUUCAACUUAGUGACAGGAAUAACAAGUAUGUGCUGCUUCUGAAGAAAUAUAAUUUUUAAUUGUUAAAUUGUGACUUAUCUUCGUGUGUAUGCAUUUUCCACUUACAAUAAGAUAAAAAAUUGAGAAGUGUAUUCUACUUAUGCUCUUAUUCAUGCCAUCUACUCGUAAACAUGAUUUUAUGGCAUUGGUUCAAAUAUGCUGUCCUCCUACUCACG